AUGGGCACCAGAUACAUGGAAACGACAAACAAGAAAAGAGAAAUUCUUCGCAUUAUGCCUGAUAAGCCCGAUGUUAUGAAACUGAGAAAACAGGUGAAAGGUGCUCAUUAUGAGGGAGUGAAGCCGUUAGUCGGGGCUGGUAAGCUCGUUGAUGGACGUGAGACUAAUUCUAUUUACUCGGUCUGUUAUCAUCACGACAUCUUAACAAAUUUCAUCAACACCUCAAUCAACAUCAAACAGGCGCAAUUCUCGAAACUCACCCUGAGGAAGGAUGGGGACGUCCAGAUAAAAGGUAGUAUGACCAUAUAUAGUGGUGGAAAUGUGGAUGAAGUCCGCGGGAUUAUCAAGAAGGACAUAUAUGCGACUAGUGGUGUUUGA